UGUGAGGGCAUCGGUGUGAGCUGCACACAGGGAAAGUGACCGCUGCUGCAUCCCGAAGGGCUCCAGGGACUCCUGAGCCAUCCCUUGGCCUUGCUGGAGACACAGAGUGGGUGCUGACUGCAGAGGCCAUGAAGAUUAACCAGAACACGGUGCUGCGAGGAAAGAGGGCAACCCUGGUGCCCUACACGUCUGCGCAUGUGCCCCGGUACCACGAGUGGAUGCAGUCAGAGGAGCUGCAGCGCCUGACAGCCUCCGAGCCCCUCAGCCUGGAGCAGGAGUAUGAGAUGCAGUGCAGCUGGAGGGACGACACAGACAAGUGUACCUUCAUUGUGCUGGACACAGAGCGGUGGCCCGGGCAGGCGGAUGAGGACUGCAUGGUGGGGGACGUGAAUCUCUUCCUCACUGACCCUGAGGAUCCAACUUUGGCUGAGAUUGAAAUUAUGAUUGCAGAGCCCAGCUACCGAGGCAGAGGAUUUGGCAAGGAGGCAACUCUGAUGAUGAUGUCCUAUGGUGUGAGAAACCUGGGGAUCACCACAUUUGAGGCUAAGAUUGGUCAGGAGAACGAAGCCAGCAUCUGCAUGUUCAAAAAACUUCAUUUUAAAGAGGUUGCUGUGAACAGCGUUUUCCAGGAGGUGACACUGAGGCUGGAUGUCAGUGACCAGGAAAGACGUUGGCUCCUGGAACAGACAAACCAUGUGGAGGAGAGGAGCUACGUUGAACAAGCUGCCAGCUGAGGUGCUGGAGACCUGAUGGACACAUCCAGACCCUGGCCUUGUUUCCAGGGAGGAGCUGGACGCUGUUGUGAGCUCUGGGUGUGGAGGACAGCAGUGAGCCAGUGCUGAGUUUGACUGUU